CAUCUCAUCUCCUUACGCGAUCGAUUACCAUUACCAAAUGCUGUGGCUCUGAAUUCUCUACACAUGCUGCCAAACUACGACCAUCGUAGACUCAAAUUGUCACUUUCUCGGGCCGCUCGUAGGCCUAAUUCUUGGCGCUCAAAAUCAGCAAAUCCUAAAUCAGUGAUUGAUUUGCCUGUGCAGACACGCAUCGAAGGCAUUACCUUCCUUUCUUCACCAGCACUUAAAAAUGAAAUUCAACCUGUGCCCUGCCUGGCCGGGUUGGUCACUACGCUAGCAGGCCGAGAGGUAGGUCGACGCGACCUGGUUGUCUGGACGGAAGCAGAAAAACCAGUUAAUGGGGAUCUAGUCACAAUGCCGGAUACAGAGACGACUGCAUCAGAUGUUAUAGAAAAACGUCUGAAACUGGAAGCGGAGAACCCCCGAAGCCUUCUGCGAGGUGUCAAAUCCAUUCAUACCAGAAAUGAGCUCGACGCUACUGGGAUUGCAGUUCGUCAAUCCGCGGAGCGUCGUAAUGAUAAAGAGAUUAUUAAUCUACUCAACCAAGUUAGUCGGUAUCCCGUGAACACUGCUCCGGAUCCAGAACAACUCCUUAGUCAGUUGAUGAAACGUCCCUCUGCCUGGAUGACCGAUGAAAAAUAA